AUGGGAGUUGAAAUCCCAACAGUAACUCUGGAAGAUCUCCAAGCUUUCCAUGCCAAGCACUUUCCCGCAAAUCCAACUCCCCAUGCCUUCACCAGUCAGCCUACCGAAUACGAAGAAACGGGAGAGGAUGACCUAGGUUAUUAUCCAGAUGGCGUGAAGCGAACCCUUACCGAUGAACAAAUCGAGAUCUUCCGGCACAGUGAGAUCCAUGCGUUGAUACGCGCAAGGGAGCUAGAACAAGACAACGCUGAAUAUGAAGCCCGAAGAAACCUCCCCGAGAAAUCGCAGGAACACCCCCUGACUGAAGAGAAGAUACCCCAUGCUGCGUCUAGCAGAAAAGCUAAGAGAUCAGCCGAGCAGAUGGAUGAGACUGUCUCAGAAGCCUUAGAUUACGAGGGCAAUGAUCAAAAGUCAAAGACUCAAACUCAGAGUGGCCUAUACUCUCGAAAGCUUAUAUCCUAUGAUGACUGA